AUGGCGCUAGACGGCGCGUUUGGCAUCAAGCGGGAGUUUGCUGCCAUGGAGAGGGGCGCAGACAGGGAGCCGCGCGCGCGGACCGUCGAGAUCGCAGACGACAGCCCGGCAAAGAGGAGGAGCGUAAGCCACGCCCCCGCCGACCAUACCGCCGGAACAGAAGACCGCCUCUACCGCGCGGCGGCUCCGAGUGCGCGGAUAUUCCAUCCCGAUGCUUCAAUCGUACUACUAGGAAUACGCGGCGCCGGCAAGUCCACACUUGCUAUCAUCGCCUCCACCGCUCUCAAGAGAGUCAUGGUGGACGCAGAAAACACAUUCCACGAUGCCACCAGCCGAUCAAGCGUCGCAUACAGGAAGGAACAUGGCAGCAGUGAAUACCAGCGGCGGCAGGCAGAAAUCCUCGACGGAAUACUAGCCCAACACGGCAACGGCGCCGUCAUCACCUGCUCCUGGCUGGACAGGCAGGUCCAGGCCACUUUUCAGGCCCUGGCCGUCACCCACCCAGUCGUCUAUGUCCAGCGCGAUGCUGCCGCCGUCCGGAACCACUUCCACUUGUCGGAGCCCUCCAAGCUGCGCGACCUGCUGGACAUUAGCGGCACCGUCUUCCGACGGUGCAGUAACCUCGACUUCUUCAACCUGUCCGAGGCCCGCGUGUCUUGUGGUAGCAGUCCAGGAACCCCAUCAGGCACAAGAUCCCCAGCUCCCUAUAUGACCCUUAAGAGGGCGGAGCGCUGUUUUAUCAAGUUUUUGUUUCUUGUCAUGCCGGAAGGAUCAGUCCCACUGGUCGAGUCCGCCCUGCCGUUGGCCCAGGUUCCGGUCGAGCAACGCAUGUUCACCUUCGCCGUCACCGUACUCUUGUCGCAGCUUGACCCGGAAGAUUUCGACGUGAAGCUCAUCGAAACGGGUGCCGACGCUCUAGAGGUUGUGGUGGACAACUUGGACGCCUCAGCUACCUGGCUAUCUCCUGGAAGCGUGCGCAAGAUCAGCCAGGCUGUUGCCAGCCUCAGGCGCAUCACAGCAAUACCGAUCCUGUACCACGUCCCGUUCGUUACCAGAGGCGGAAAUUCCCAGGCGGGAAACCCCUGGCUUCAUCUUGACGCAGUCGAGAUGGGUUUCAGGCUCGGUGCCGAGUACGUGACGACUGACCUACGGCUGGACGAUCAGCAGCUGCAAGGCCUGAUAGGGCACAAGGGCCGUUCCAGGAUAAUUGGCCAUGUUCACUGGGAGGGCGAUGACCCUCCGUCCUGGAGGGACCCUUCCUGGCUUGAAUUCUACAAGCGAGCACAGCGGAUUUGCUGCGACGUGGUGAGGUUCACACGCCGAGCCAUCACGGCAACUGACAACUUCGAAAUCGACCAGUUGCGAGGGGCUAUAGCAGCCCUGGGCCAGCCAGUUCUGCCGUUAAUAGCAUACAAUACCGGGCACCUCGGCCGACACUCGGCCUGUUUCAACCAAAUACUCACCUCAGUCCUCCCGGGCGGACCGCUCCGGCCACACGACCACCAACCGCAAGUCUCAUCCUCAACUGCCACGCCAUCACUCACAGCCCUGCAGAUCACAACGGCCUUGUACUCGUCAUACGUCUACGACGAGAUGAAGCUCUACGUCUUGGGCGCAAAUGUGGACUGGAGCAUGUCUCCCGCCAUGCACAACGCAGGACUCCAAGCAUUAGGCAUACCGCACAAGUACCGCCCAUUUUCGGCCCAGACUGCGUCCGGGUUGCGGGACCUAAUCACCGACCCCUAUUUUGCCGGUGCCUCUGUCGGGCUGCCGUUCAAGGUGGAAAUAAUUAGUCUGACGGACUCGAUGAGUCGACACGCGCGGGCCAUCGGAGCUGCAAACACACUUAUACCGGUGCGCCACCUGAAUGCUGACGGCAGCGUGCCCGAAGAUGCCGCCAUGUUCAACCAUCGCAACCGGCCCGGGCCUGUGAAGGCUCUCUACGGGGAAAACACGGACUGGAUCGGCGUGCUGGCAUGCAUUCGGCGCGGCUUGUCGCCGGCAAACGCAGUCCGGCCACACACGAGUGCGCUUGUUAUCGGGGCCGGAGGCAUGGCCAGGGCGGCCGUCUACGCCAUGAUGCAGAUUGGCGUCAAGAACAUUGCCAUCCUGAAUCGAACGCGCAAGAACGCAGAGCACCUGAUCCAGCACUUCACCAAGUUGAUAUCCCGAGGCGGCCUGUCUCUUUUGUGCGGGACCGAUGCGACCGACACCCAGUUCCACAUCAUCGAGUCGCGCGACGUGCCGUGGCCGGACGAGAUGCGCUACCCGACCAUUUUCGUCUCGUGCAUCCCGACCCAUGUGCUCGGUGACAGUCCGGCGCCCGACUUUACGAUCCCGCCGCGGUGGCUGAAUAGCCCCACGGGCGGCGUGGUCGUGGAGCUGGCGUACAAGUCGCUCAAAACACCGCUGCUGGAGCAGAUACGGGCGGAGGCGCCGAGGGGCUGGGUUGCUAUGGACGGCCUAGACCUGCUACCAGAGCAGGGCUUUGCGCAGUUCGAGCUCUUUACAGGACGCAGGGCGCCGCGCCGGCUCAUGAGGAGCGAGUUACUACGCGCAUACCCCAACGAGGAGGACGGCUCGAACCUGGCCCAGUCAAACUCUCGCCUCGAGGCCAUUGGCGAGCAGGAACCCUAG